AUGACGUUUACUCGUUUCCGUUCUACUAUGCUUUUUGACUACAAUAUCUCUGGUUCGACAGUUGAACACGUUGAUAAUCUAACCGACCUGGGUUUUAAACUAGCUAGAAACCUUAGCCCAAGUCCUUAUAUUGCGAUGAUUACUAGUAGAGCAUUUAAAGUUUUAGGGUUCAUUAUGCGUUUAUCUAAAGACUUUAAAUUGUCAAAAUCAUUAAAAUCAUUAUAUUGUGAUUUAGUUUGUCCUAUUUUAGAGUACGGGUCGGUUGUCUGGGAUCCGUACACUGUUUCUGAUAUUAAUCAACUCGAACGUGUUCAACAUAGAUUUUUGAGAUUUUGUUGUUUUGUGUUAGGCAUACGCCACUUAGCUCACGACUAUACCAAUAUCGCUAACGUACUUGGCCUGCCUACUCUUGCUGAACGAAGGAUAACUUUAAAUAUAAAAUUUAUUUGUGGUCUAAUUACUAACCAUAUUGAUUCCCCUUGCUUGCUUUCCCAAGUUAACUUCAAAGUCCCUUCGCAUGUAUCUCGUUCUCAUGUGACCUUCCAUAUUCCUAACGCCAACACAAAUUAUCUGCAAAAUGAGCCUUUAAGGCGAAUUAUGUCACUUGCAAAUGAGGACCCCUCUUUUGAUGAUAAUUUGUUCUAA